AUGUCAAACGAAUCUUCGAGUCGCCCCCGCAAGGUGUGCUUUGUGACAAUCGGCGCGACCGCUUCCUUUCAAGCCCUGAUCCGUGCCACCGUCUCUUCGGCCUUCUGCAACUCGCUUGAACAGAAUGACUACACAGACUUGAUCGUACAGUAUGGUGCUGAUGGUCAUGGCUUGUUCCAGUCGCUGCUGCAGGAUGUAGCCUCGAAGGAACAAGGUGCUGGUGUCAACGUGUCUGGAUUUGGACUGGAUACAAAUGGCCUGGCGCAGUACAUGAAUCUGGCAAAGACUGGUGGAGGUGGCCGCGGCGUAGAAGGCCUUGUCGUUAGCCAUGCUGGCUCAGGAACCAUCCUUCAAGCUCUGCGUAUCGACGUGCCGAUAGUCGUCGUACCCAACUCGGAGCUGCUAGACAAUCACCAGAUUGAACUCGCAGACGCCCUUGCUGAGCAGGAGUAUGUUGUUCAUGGCAAGCUUGAGAACAUGCCUCAAGCGCUCCUCGAUGCCGAAAAACUACGACUCCGACAAAAGACAUGGCCACCAGUCAACUCGGGCACACACCGACAGACAAAAGGCCUCGCUGGCGUUGUCGACGAAGAGAUGGGAUUUUUGGUUGAAUGA